UUGAGAUUGUCACAUGGCACUUUGAUUUAUAAUCUUAUGGCUCUAAACGGAUCAAGGACAACAUUAAAAUUGGGUUCUGAACUUGACGAUGGAGAAUGGCAUAAAAUCAACGCUAGUGUCAGAGGGCGAGAAGUUCGCUUGCAACUCGACGAGAAAUUCCGGACAGAACCUUUGAACCAAUCACGGCCAUUAAUGCUGGACUUUGCAAAUAAAUCUCGCCUGAAAAUAUUUCUUGGUGCCUUCGAAGAGAGAGAUUUUCCCGGUUUCGUUGGGUGCGUUUACAAUUUACAGAUAGACAGUCAUAGGAUUACAGUGAAUAAUCUCAAGACUAAAAGCGACAAACACACUAAUAAAUAUUUGCGAAACACUUGCCGCCUACAGAAUCGCUGCCAGCCGAAUCCGUGUAAAAACCGAGGCAUGUGUACACAGACUUGGGACAGGUUUUACUGUAAUUGUAAAUACACCAUAUUUGAAGGGAAACGAUGCGAUAUUUCCAUUUACAAGGCCACAUGCGAAUAUUACAAAGCCAUGGGGUUGAAGAAACGUACUUUGUGUUUGGUUGACUCAGUAGGUGGUGGAACGCCAUAUACGGCAUAUUGUAAUUUAACCCGGGAUGCCGCAAAAACGACAAUACGUCACGAUAAAAUGACUAAAACGAGAGUAGGAGAUGGGAAUAGAAAAGGAUCUUAUUAUCUACAUAAAAUAACGUACUCCAUUGCUAUGGAACAAAUUGAACAAUUAAUUAGGAAAAGCAUGAAAUGUCGCCAACAUGUUAGGUUUCAUUGCUUCUUUUCUAAGCUUUUAAAUUCGCCCAAUGGGCCUCCUCACGCCUCGUGGCUGUCACGUGACUCGGAGAGACAAAACUAUUGGGGCGGAGCAGAACCUAGAAGUGAAAAAUGCGCAUGCGGAAUGAAUGACCCGCCAACUUGUAAGAGUCCCUCUAAAUUUUGCAAUUGCGACAACAAGGUUAAAAUAUAGCAAGUGGAUGAAGGAUAUUUGACAGAUAAAAACACUCUUCCCGUCACUGCUCUGGAAUUUAACGCCAAAAGCGAGAGAUCUGACUUCACAGUAGGUCCACUGGAAUGUUGGGGAAGUCUGGAUAAACGUAAAAUUUCGAUGAUACAACCCCAGCAGAGUGGAAUGGCGACUGAUAAUCCAUUAGAGAAAGGUUGUCCGAAUGAUCCGAAACUAGAGGAACCUAACAGCACCACGACUUCUCCUGGCUCCAUCAAUAAAGUUUCCACACCGAAACCUUGUCCAAUAGAGUGCACAACAUCCCCAACCUCCACGUCAAAUGUUACCUCGACAACUAUCUCUCCUAAAACGCCAGCAAAAGAAAUACAAAGCUCACCAUCGCCAAAAGAAUUCACUGUAGAUAACGGAAGCGGAGAAUUGUCUACCAUCGCUAUCGUAAUGAUUUCCGACGCUUUAGUAGUUAUUGUUCUAUUAUCCAUGAAAUUAGGUCUUCCUCGCGUUAUAAUGUGUGUUCGAACGCACAGUAAGCGUGGCGAGUACAUUGUCCCACCAACCGGCUCUGGUGGAUAUCCAGCAAGAUUAAUUCCGCUGGUAGCCAAACGUGCGUCAGUACGGGGUAAGCAGUUAACACAGUACAGCGUAAAUGACAAACAUGUAGAGGGCAACACUACAAGUGGAAUCAAUUCAUACUGGGCGUGA